GUGCAGCCCUCCUGGCAGAUCGCCCUCUGGUCCAUAGCCUAUGGCUCGGUGGUGGCGGUGGCUGUCUUUGGCAAUCUCAUCGUUAUCUGGAUCAUCUUGGCUCACAAGAGGAUGAGAACGGUCACGAACUAUUUCCUGGUGAAUCUCGCUUUCUCCGACGCCUCCAUGGCCGCCUUCAACACCUUGGUCAAUUUCAUUUACGCCCUUCACAACGUCUGGUAUUUCGGGGACACUUACUGCCGCUUCCACAACUUCUUCCCCAUCGCCUCAAUGUUCGCCAGCAUCUACUCCAUGGCGGCGAUCGCUGUAGACAGGUACAUGGCCAUCAUACAUCCUUUACAGCCAAGACUGUCAGCAACCGCAACUAAAGUCAUCAUUGCAAGCAUCUGGAGCCUGGCUGUUAUUCUUGCGUUCCCUCAGUGCUAUUACUCCGAAACCAAGCAUCAGCCAGGGCGAGUCCUCUGCCUUUUGAACUGGCCAGGAAACUUCAUUAUCAGAUCAAGUGACAGUGUCUCAUACCAAAUUGCUGUACUUGUCCUGGUGUACCUGCUGCCACUAGUUGUGAUAGCUAUCACCUACACCAUCGUUGGAAUCACACUGUGGGGCGGGGAAAUUCCUGGUGACACAUCAGAGAACUACCACGAGCAGCUCAAAGCCAAACGAAAGGUUGUUAAAAUGAUGAUUGUGGUGGUGUUUACCUUUGCCAUUUGCUGGCUGCCCUACCACAUCUACUUUCUCGUGAGCAAACAGCACCCAGAUGUCAACAACUGGAAGCCUAUACAGCAGGUUUAUUUAGCUGUGUUCUUACUGGCAAUGAGUUCCAACAUGCACAACCCUAUCAUAUACUGUUGCCUAAAUAGCCGAUUUCGAGCUGGGUUCAAGAGGGCUUUUCGAUGGUGCCCCUUCAUUGAAUUUUCCAGCUACGAUGAAUUGGAACUACAAUCAACCAGGUUUCAGCCUACCCGACAGAACAGCGCCUACACCAUCUCCCGCAUGGAAUCCAAUAUGACGGUGGAGUUUGACACAUCCGAAAAUGAUGGUGUAGAGGCUUGCAGCAAAAAGGGCACAGCUUUGCGAAAUAUGAGUUUUAAUGGACACUCUCGAAGUAAUUCCAAAAACACUUCCAGAAGUUCAAGCUUCUUCAGUCAGGCAAACACGUCUUUGGACGAAUACUCAUAG